AUGAAUAAACAGAAAGAAGCCUUGAAGUAUGAUUGGACUCCAAAAGAUUGGGGAGAAACUGAAAGUAGGAAGAAAGCCUACCUAAAUAUGAGAUCAAUCCACUCAUGCAAAUUAGCAGAUACAUACUCGCUCUCCAGAGCCAUCCUAUGCUUGUGCACAAAAUCAACUGGACUCUCAGCCCAAGCGAGAAGUUUUACAA